AUGUCUGGCUACAUUGGAGAGUAUCGUUGUCGUGUGUUCAAAAAGCUCGCUUUUUUCAUUUUCAUUAUUUACGUACCAGCAAUCAAUACGAGAGCAACAAACAAAUCUACGCGUCAUCAAAUAUCAUCCAUCGAAACAAAUUCUAUUCAACGACAGUUACCAGAAUCAGGAGUUUAUGCCGACUCAAAAGCUUUGAAGCGUGUUUUUCUCUCAAAUCGAACUGUAACUUGCAAUGAUGGGUCAAAGGCUGGUUUUUAUUUGAGAAAAUCGCAAGGAUCUCGUCGAUGGGUUGUUUUCUUUGAGGGAGGAUGGCAUUGUUAUAGCAUUGAAUCUUGCAAACAAAGAUGGAUGAAAUUAAGACAUUUAAUGACUUCUGAUAAAUGGCCCUCAACUCGUAAUGUUGGCGGAAUUUUGUCUCCAAAUCCGCAGGAAAAUCCUUAUUGGUAUAAUGCAAAUCAUGUAAUUGUACCAUAUUGCAGCAGUGAUUCUUGGAGUGGAACAAGAUUAAAACCCGACAACAAUGGGCAUAGGUUUAUGGGAUCGUUAAUUGUGCGACAAGUGAUUGACGAUUUGAUUCCUCUUGGUUUAGGAAAUUUUCAAGGCACAGAUUUAUUGAUGGCAGGAUCUUCCGCUGGAGGUUUGGGAGUUAUGUUAAACUUGGAUAACAUCAAGGAUUUCUUGCAAGUAGAAAAAGGUCUCAAUGUAAAUGUUCGUGGCGUGAGUGAUUCUGGAUGGUUUUUAGACCGUGAACCAUACACACCCGGAGCCGUUGCAGCAUCUGAAGCUGUUCGUCAAGGAUGGAAACAUUGGAACGGAGCACCUCCACAAGAUUGUGUAACGGAAAAUGAAAACGAACCUUGGCGUUGCUAUUUUGGUCAUCGACUUUAUAAUACUUUAAAAGCUCCCCUUUUUGUUUUUCAAUGGCUCUUUGAUGAAGCUCAAAUGUCUGCAGAUAGUGUUGGAGCUCCUGUUACUCCGCAACAAUGGGAUUAUAUUCAUGAAAUGGGAAAAGCUUUGCGAACAUCGCUCGACAAUGUUACCGCAGUCUUUGCUCCUUCAUGUAUUGGUCACUCGGUUCUCACUAAACGUGAUUGGUUAGAUAUCAAAAUUGACGAUAUAUCGUUAGCAGAUGCUUUGCGUUGCUGGGAAAAUUAUGAUUCAAAGAAACGAGUUCCUCAAAAAUUGACAAAAGAACAGCGAAUGGAACGAAAACGUAUCAGAAUGGAAAAAGAAAAACGAAGAAAACUAACAAAGGAAGAGAGAGAGCUCAAAAGAUUAAAACGUCAAGAACGUCGAGAACGUCGACGAAAGAUGCGAGAAGAGAGAAGAUCUAUACUUGAUGCUGAGCAACUAAAUAUCUUGGAAGAUGAACUAACUCCGACCGUUAGCAAAAAAGGUUUAAUGAACAAAAAUUUGCCAAAACUAAUAGAAAACGAGAAUUUUAAUAGACGACGACACAAAAACAGUACUACAAACCAUCAUAGACAUGAGAAGAAUAACCAAAGGAAGCGACAAAAUAAUCAAAAUUUAAAUCAAAGACAACAAUUAGCAAUGCCAGAAUUUGAUAAUCAUAAUAACAAAAAUAAAAAAGUUACAGGCUAUAAUCGUAACAACAACAACAAUAGAAAUAAGAAUCACAACAACAAAAAUAUUCCUGAACCAAAGAAAUGCACAUUGAGAUUAUUAGAACAAUGCAGUUGGCCACAAUGUAACCAAUCAUGUCCAACGUUGCGAAAUCCGUACACAGGAGAAGAGAUGAAAUUUUUGGAAUUACUUGCAUCAUUUGGCUUAGAUAUGGAUGGCGUUGCGGGCGCAUUAGGUGUUGACAUGCAAACAUUGAAUAAUAUGGAGCACACAGAGCUCGUGAGACUUCUGACACAACAUCCAUAACUCUUAAUAUUUUAACAUUUUGUAUAGAAAAUACCAAUUUUAUAUUUGUAAUAACUUUUGUAAAUACCAAAAUGUAUGAAACCCGUUAAAAUUAAGUAUUUAUUUAUUUUUUACUAUUUUAUUUAAAACUCUGAUAUGUAAAUAGAAAUGUACAUAAUUUUAAGAAGUAAAAAUGCAUGUAAUCGUAUACAAACAGUCAUUCAAUCUCAAGGAUUGUU